AUGGGCAGCCAAUCGUCGGGAGAUCUUACGCUGUCGCAGCCCAGAAGACAUAUCAUCAAGGCAUGCGAGGGCUGUCGACAGCAGAAGAUCAAAUGCAACGGGAAGUCCCCGUGCGAGCGAUGCGCCCGCUUAUCGCUCCCGUGCACAGUACGGACCGUGGCGCGACAGCGACGGCAGAAGAUACUCCAGAAACGAGCGCAGCAAGAUGAUGUUGAGAUCAUCCAGACGGCGCUGCGGCCCGUUCGUAUCACUGACCGCGCGACAGGACGGUCGGCCGUAUACGGGCCAACAUCGACGAUCGCGCUCCUGCACCUCCUAGCUGCAAACAAAGUAAAUUAUGCGAUUUCAGUUGAGGUCAGUAGCACCAGCCUCGUGCAUACAGACCUGUGCAUGAAUGGUUUGAAACUGAACCCGCUCGCCCAUCAGCCGUACACCAUCCCUCCCACCCUCGGGCUAUCUCUGACCCCUCCGCUAUGCCUCACGACUAUACCAAACCAGAUCCUCCAGUUUUUCCUGAAUCGGGAGAUCGGCAACUUCGAUAAAGCAUAUGCGCUUCUAGGGCCGACAGCGAGCAAAAUCUAUGCGGCAGGCUUCCAUAUCGAGCCGCGGGGGCCGGAGGUUGAAAAACUGAUCCACAUUCUCGUUGGACUUGAGGGGUUUAUCUGUAUCGCCCUCGGUCGGCCACCAAUCCUCGGCCCUGGCAUCCAGGUUUCCCAUGAGAACGAGUCGACCGACGCGAAAUUCUUCACAGGCCUUUUCGCCAUCCUAAGCCCAUCCCUGCGUGCGCAGAACAACCCUGCGACCGGUUUUGACGAGCUAUGCCAUUCCAUCUGGACAACGCAAGCUCGACUAAAGGCAUACUGGGAAGAGUAUGAGCCGCUCCUGCGCACGGCGCAAACCGAGCCACAUCGCCCAUGGAAUAUAGAGGACACGAUGCGCCUUAAUACUAAUUUAUACGAAUACGCCGUUCUCACAAAUAUGAAACCCUUUCUUCUCUAUAUGGGGCACCAGUGCUCAGCACUUAGCAGAGCGGCUUCUCCAGCUUCGCAGUCUUCAGGGGGAAUGGGCGUAAACACAGGAGCCCUCACCGUCACGGCAAGGCUGGGGGAUCCCUUUAAGACGGCCAAUGACAACGCAAAAAUGGCCUCAGCAACUGAUUGCAUCCUGACAUCGGCCAAAAGUAUCAUCUCGACAAUUUCAGAACUGAGGCAGGGGUGUUCUGAUGCCAAGGAUCUCCCCAUGCAUUCUUUCUUCCUAGAAGCAGCAUGCAUCUCGCUCAUCGCGUACGGCGCGUGGAGCAACAAUCAGGCCGGCGUAUGGGAUAGCAUAGAGCUGGGUGUUCGGUGUAUGGAGCAGUUGCAGUAUCAGCGCGCCGCAGCGCAGAGGCUUGCAACUGUCAGAACGGCGAUGGAACAGACUGGGUUAAAAAGGCAGUUGUGA